AUGGAACCCAACUCUGGCCCUGCACAGGACGCCCCAGCAAUCCCACCCUGUGCCUGGGAGCCUUGUCCCAGCAGUUCUGGAGACCCUCCGAGGGAGGUGCUGUGCAAGCAAAGCCAAGACAUCGAGGCUUCUGCCCAGAUCCAGCCCCUGCCCCAGCCCUCGCUGCCGCCGGCUGCGCCCAUCCCGGCCCCCCAGGGUACCCCUUCCGUGGAGGAACUCAUCCAGCAGAGUCAGUGGAACCUGCAGCAGCAGGAGCAGCACCUCCUCGCUAUGAGACAGGAACAAGUCACAUCAGCAGUAGCCCUUGCAAUCGAGCAACAAAUGCAAAAGGUUUUGGAGGAAACCCAGUUAGAUAUGAACGAGUUUGACAACUUGUUGCAGCCAAUAAUUGACACCUGUACGAAAGAUGCCAUCUCAGCUGGCAAGAACUGGAUGUUCAGCAAUGCCAAGUCUCCUGCCCACUGUGAGCUGAUGGCCGGGCACCUGCGGAACCGGAUCACAGCCGAGGGAGCUCACUUUGAACUGCGGCUGCACCUCAUCUACCUGAUCAAUGAUGUUCUGCACCACUGCCAACGGAAGCAAGCACGAGAUCUUCUGGCUGCUUUGCAGAAGGUGGUUGUGCCUAUUUAUUGCACCAGUUUUCUAGCAGUGGAGGAGGAUAAGCAACAGAAAAUUGCCAGACUUCUUCAACUGUGGGAGAAAAAUGGGUACUUUGAUGAGUCCAUUAUUCAGCAGUUACAGAGCCCAGCUCUUGGACUUGGCCAGUACCAGGCAAAUUUGAUCACUGAAUAUGCAACGGUUGUGCAGCCUGUGCAAGUGGCCUUCCAGCAGCAGAUCCAGAACCUGAAAACUCAGCACGAAGAGUUUGUGAACAGUUUGACCCAGCAGCAGCAGCAGCAACAACAGAUCCAAAUCCCCCCCCUAGAGAACGAGGUGAAAUCAACCCCUCCCCCUCAAGCCCCCACAGCAGCCCCAGCCUCGGCUCCACCUUCUGCUCCGGUUUCACAAGCAGAUGAUGGCAAAUCUCAGCUGCCUCUGGCUGGUUCUACAGAAUAUGACACAACUGGGUCUGGAGUGCAGGAUCCUGCCUCGGGAGGACCUCGUGGGCCUGGAUCUCAUGAUCAGAUCCCCCCAAAUAAACCACCCUGGUUUGACCAACCUCACCCUGUUGCACCAUGGGGUCAACAACAGGGACCACCUCACUGUCCCCCCUGGAACAACAACCACGAAGGGAUGUGGAACGAACAGAGAGAUCAAGGCUGGAACAACCAGCGAGAGACCCCUUGGAACAACCAGCCUGAUCCUUCUUGGAACAACCAGUUUGAAGCACCGUGGAACAACCAGCACGAACAACCUCCAUGGGGUGGGGGCCAAAGGGAACCUCCAUUUCGAAUGCAGCGGCCACCUCACUUCAGAGGCCCAUUUCCUCCACAUCAGCAACAUCCCCAAUUCAACCAGCCCCCGCAUCCGCAUAAUUUCAACCGCUUUCCACCUCGCUUCAUGCAGGAUGAUUUCCCACCUCGCCAUCCCUUUGAAAGGCCUCCUUAUCCUCAUCGUUUUGAUUACCCCCAGGGGGAUUUUCCUCAAGAAAUUGGACCUCCUCAUCAUCAUCCUGGUCACAGAUUGCCUCACCCUGGGAUCAGCGAGCACCCUCCCUGGGGAGGGCCCCAGCACCCUGAUUUUGGGCCUCCCCCCCAUGGGUUUAACGGGCAGCCCCCCCACAUGCGGCGCCAAGGGCCCCCUCACAUGAACCACGACGAUCCCAGCCUGGUGCCAAACGUCCCCUACUUCGACCUUCCUGCUGGGCUGAUGGCUCCACUUGUCAAACUUGAAGAUCAUGAGUAUAAACCUUUAGAUCCUAAAGAUAUACGUCUUCCACCCCCAAUGCCCCCCAGUGAGAGACUCCUGGCUGCGGUUGAGGCAUUUUAUAGUCCACCAUCUCAUGACAGGCCUAGAAACAGUGAAGGCUGGGAGCAGAAUGGACUGUACGAAUUCUUCAGAGCUAAAAUGAGAGCGAGGCGGAGGAAAGGUCAGGAGAAGAGAAAUAGUGGGCCCUCUCGGUCUCGCAGUCGCUCUAAAAGCCGAGGUCGUUCCUCCUCCCGCUCCAAUUCCCGAUCUUCGAAGUCCUCCGGCUCCUACUCGAGGUCGCGUUCCCGCUCCUGCUCCCGCUCCCGCUCCUACUCCCGCUCGCAGUCCAGGAGCCGCAGCAGGUCCCGCUCCUCCCACAGCCGCUCGCGCUCCCGCUCCCGCUCCAGGUCCAAGUCGUACUCGCCGGGACGGCGGCGCCGGUCCCGCUCCCGCAGCCCCACUCCUCCUUCUUCUGCUGGUUUGGGCUCCAGUUCUGGGCCUCCUAUACCAGAAUCAAGACUUGGAGAAGAAAACAAAGGCCAUCAAAUGCUAGUGAAAAUGGGAUGGAGUGGAUCUGGUGGACUGGGAGCCAAGGAACAAGGAAUCCAGGAUCCAAUUAAAGGAGGGGAUAUCCGAGACAAAUGGGAUCAGUACAAAGGAGUAGGAGUUGCAUUGGACGAUCCCUACGAAAACUACCGAAGAAAUAAGAGUUACUCGUUUAUCGCCCGCAUGAAGGCCAGGGAUGAAUGUUAAUUCUAUUUGAAGUGGAGGGGUGCUGCCUUGGGAUCAAGUCAGACUGAUGCUGAGCAGUGUAUCCUAAUGUCUAAAUGGGGGAUGAAGCAUCUAGUUCCAGUGCAGGUGACCUUUGAGCACUGUGCAAGCUUUUAGAACCUUCCACCCACCUCCAGGCCCCACAGCAGCUGCUGCAGCCACCUCUGGGCAGGACACGAGGGGCAGCUCUCGAGGGAUGGGCAAUGCUUUGUAACGGGAGACAGACUUGGAGCUUUUUAUAUUUUUGUACAUACCCUUUAAUAAUAAAAGCUAAUUAGUUCACUAGAAGAGAAUCCAUUUUCUCCGCUCUCUUUUAAGUUUCUAUCAAUGAGACGUUCUGGGAAACUUCCUGUGAUCUAAAUGAGGGAAGAAACAACACUUUCUGUAACUGUUUCCAGAGACCACCAGCUAGAGCUGUUAGGCCCUUACACUGCACUCCCAGUCCCCAGGUCUGUGUGGUGGUUCCCUUUUCCAGUUGUUUGUUUGUAUAGCAAAAACCCUCUUAAAACCAUCCAGUUACUAUGGUGGAAUAUCAGUUUGUUCUAGAUCUACUGUAGCUGUGGAACUGUACCUGUCUGUGAAUCAGCAUACAACAACCUGUAUGUUACCAACUUGUGAAGUUUAUUGUUUUGCCUUCC